GGAAGAGCAUUGCGCAGGCGCGAUUGCUCGGCUCCUCUCGCCCUAGAGCUCCGGCCCAGCUCUCGCGGACAAGUCCCGACAUCGCGCGCUCCCCCACUCCGGGACCGCCCCCUCCCCCCUCUCGGCGUAGUCGAAGAUAAACAAUAGUUGGCCGGCGAGCGUCGAGUGCAUCUCCCGCCGCCGGAUUCGGCGGGCUGCGUGGGACCGGCGGGAUCCUGGCCAGCCGGCUAUGGCGGGGCUGUACUCGCUUGGAGUGAGCGUCUUCUCCGACCAGGGCGGGAGGAAGUACAUGGAGGACGUUACCCAAAUCGUUGUGGAGCCGGAGCCGACAGCUGAAGAAAAACCCUCGCCGCGGCCGUCGCCCUCUCAGCCGUCGCCUCCGCAGCAGUCACCACCGCCGCCUGCUCUCGCCGGCAGUGAAGUCUCUGGGAAGGGCCCAGCGGUGGCAGCCCGAGAAGCCCGUGAGUCUCUCCCGGACACCGGGGCCUCGCCGGCUCCCAGUCGCUGCUGCCGCCGCCGUUCCUCUGUGGCAUUUUUCGCAGUGUGCGACGGGCACGGCGGGCGGGAGGCGGCACAGUUUGCCCGGGAGCACUUGUGGGGAUUCAUCAAGAAACAGAAAGGUUUCACUUCGUCCGAGCCGGCGAAGGUUUGCGCUGCCAUCCGUAAAGGCUUCCUCGCUUGUCACCUCGCCAUGUGGAAGAAACUGGCAGAAUGGCCCAGGACUAUGACAGGUCUUCCCAGCACUUCAGGGACAACUGCCAGUGUGGUCAUCAUACGGGGCAUGAAGAUGUAUGUAGCUCACGUGGGUGACUCAGGGGUGGUGCUUGGUGUUCAGGAUGACCCAAAGGAUGAUUUUGUCAGAGCUGUGGAGGUGACACAGGACCAUAAGCCAGAACUUCCCAAGGAAAGAGAACGAAUCGAAGGACUUGGUGGGAGUGUGAUGAACAAGUCUGGAGUGAAUCGUGUAGUUUGGAAACGGCCUCGACUCACUCACAAUGGACCUGUGAGAAGGAGCACAGUUAUUGACCAGAUCCCCUUUCUGGCAGUAGCAAGAGCACUUGGUGACUUGUGGAGCUAUGAUUUCUUCAGUGGUGAGUUUGUUGUAUCACCUGAACCAGAUACAAGUGUCCACAAUCUUGACCCUCAGAAGCACAAGUAUAUUAUCUUGGGUAGUGAUGGACUUUGGAAUAUGAUUCCACCUCAAGAUGCCAUUUCAAUGUGCCAGGACCAAGAAGAGAAAAAAUACUUGAUGGGUGAGCAUGGACAAUCUUGUGCUAAAAUGCUUGUGACUCGAGCACUAGGCCGCUGGAGGCAGCGUAUGCUCCGAGCAGAUAAUACUAGUGCCAUAGUGAUCUGCAUCUCUCCAGGAGUGGACCUCCAGGGCAGCUUCACCAAUGAAGAUGAGCUCUAUCUGAACCUGACUGAUAGUCCCUCCUAUAAUAGUCAAGAAACCUGUGUGAUGACUCCUUCCCCUAGUUCUACACCACCUGUCAAGUCACUGGAGGAAGAUCCAUGGCCAAGGCUGAAUUCUAAGGACCAUAUACCUGCUCUUGUUCGUAGUAAUGCCUUCUCGGAGAAUUAUUUAGAGAUCCCACCUGAGAUAGCACGAGGGAAUGUCCAGGCUGUAGUCGUACCCUCAAAAGAUCCAGAUCCACUUGAGGAAAAUUGCACUAAAGCCUUGACUUUAAGGAUACAUGAUUCUUUGAAUAAUAGUCUGUCUGUUGGCCUUGUACCUACCAAUUCAACAAACACCAUCAUGGACCAAAAAAACGUAAAGAUGUCAACUCCUGGUCAAAUGAAAGCCCAAGAAGUUGAAAGAACCCCUCCAGUAAACUUUAAAAGGACAUUGGAAGAAUCCAACUCUGGCCCCCUUAUGAAGAAGCAUAGACGAAAUGGCUUGAGUCGAAAUAGUGGUGCUCAGUCUACAAGCCUUCCCACAACCUCACAGCGAAAGAACUCUGUUAAAUUUACCAUGAGACGCAGACUUAGGGGCCAGAAGAAAAUUGGAAAUCCCUUACUACAUCAGCACAGGAAAACUGUUUGUGUUUGCUGAAGUCUUUCUGGGAAAUGGGUUUUUUUCCCCAAAAUUUAGGAUAUAAGAGGGCUUUUUGAAGUUGGUACAGAAGUUGAACUUUUUUAAGGGGAGAAAAUAAAAAGGGUACAUAGUUUCACUUUUUGGAAUUCAACAGUUUUAUCCUAGCCUUGUACUUUGCUUGUAUUAUAAAUGUGAAUUUUGUAGAUGUUAGGUUAUAAGCUGCUGUAAAAUGUGUGUAAAUUUGGAUCCUUUACAGAAAUUCACUCUUACUCUGAUACACAGUAAUUGUGACAACAGGGCUAAAUGUUUAAAAAAAAAAAUCAAAAGACUAUUAGAUUUUAGAAAAAUGUUUAAACUUUUUAAAAUGCUUAUUAAAAAAAUUUGUAUAAGCCACUUGUGAUGAGAUCUAAGCAACUUUUUAAACUAAAUUAUUAAGCAAACUGGAAAAGUGAUGUAUUUUCAUAGUGACCUGUGUUCCAUGUAACGUUUCUUAGAAACUACUAGUGUCUUUUAAAAAAUAUUUUUUAUUUCUAAUUUCAUAAUUCAGAACUAAAAUUUUCAUAGAAGCAGAAGUGUUGAGCCAUGCUAAAGUAGCUGGAUGUUAGUCUCACUGUCCCAGUUAAAAUACCUAUGCAGUAUCUCUUAUUUCAGUAGCGUUUUUGUAAAACAUUAAUCAGAUACAUUCACCACAUCCCUAUUUUGCAGUGAAAGGAGGUGUGUUUGCCUAAAAAAAUGCCUUUCUCAAUCAUCCCAGACAUUCAGUGGCAUUAUUAGGUCUUAAAGUAGUUACCGCCUUAGAAGGCUAGUGUUUGGCUUAAAAUAUGUGAAGUUUUUCUUGCUGUUUCAAUAACGGAUGGUGCUGCUAAUUCCCAACGUUUCUUAAAUUAUUUUAUAUCGUACAGUUUUAUUGAUUAUAUGGAUAUAUGUUUGUUCAUCUAAUAAAUCAGUGAACUGUUACUGAUGUUGCUG